UGAAAGUACAAGGAUGCUGGCACAUUGUGCUACAUAUUCUGAUAAAACAUUCAAGAAGGGAACAGUUAUUACCUGUCACAGGUCAACGUAUAGAGGGGGAUUUUUUCCAAAGUUUGUGUGAUAGCACAAAAAAUGACUAAAACGUAAACACGCAAAUCGGCUGAGAAAUGAGCCAGUUACGACUUAAUUUCAAUGUCCACGCAUCGCCUUCGAUGGGGACGUCGCCCCCGCCAACAUGGCCGCCACGUCGGCACGUCGGUUAGCCGGGCUGCUAAAUGGCGUGCUCGCAUCUAGUAUUGCUGUAAUACCUGUGGCUGACGCCAUUACGUUCUGGGUUGUCUCACGCUGUUUUGAGUGCCACAGUUGUUUAGGAUUUAGACUUAAGGCUCCGUUGAGAGUGUGGGGGAGGACGCAGGUUUACCGCAAUUUGCGAUGAGAUUGAAGCCAGUCGUUCCAUCAAUCACGGGCCUUCUAAUUUGAAGCAACGUGCUAGCCGUCGAUAGCUUCGUGCUGCUCGUAACGGGCUAGCUUGCUCUCUGGGACCAAGGGCACGAGAACUACUCGGCUAGCGAAAUGGGGCUGUCGUCCACUGUUGUCGAAUGUUAGCGAACUAUUACAAGUCGGUUCUCAGCAAUUACUCUUCGCCCGCGAACUCUGUUGACCUUCCAGACUCAGGCGUGUGCACUCCCAACUUCUUGACUGGACAGUCGCAACUCCCGGUGAUCGAUUGACAUGCCGCGGCCUGUUCGAAAGCGACUCGUAGCACCGAUCGUGAGCGUCACGCGGGCGCAUCUUGCGGGACUUUUAAUUUAGCGUCGUUGUUGUUUUGUUGUGCAUUUCCAAAGUGAUGCCUCGCCGUUCUGCGGUGAAGUUGAUGCGUCGCGUGGCGAGUGCACGCGUUUGCCCGCUCCACACGUCACCGUGCGGCAACUCUUCAACGAAACCGACGGAUGGAUUUCAACCGGGAAAAGUAGCAGUCGUUACCAAAACGACCCGCUAUGAGUUUGAACAGCAGCGUUAUCGCUACGCGGGACUCUGUGAGGAGGAUCUAAAGCACCUGCUCGCUAUGAAGGGUUCCAGCUACAGUGGCCUGCUGGAAAGACACAACAUCCACACAAACAACGUGGAGCAUAUUGUGAAAAGCCUGCAGAAAGAAGGAAUUGACGUUCAAGUGGUGAAAAGGGGUGAAUAUGAUACAGAAGUAGUGCAAUGGGCAGAUGCCAUCAUUUCUGCUGGAGGCGAUGGGACAAUGCUGCUCGUUGCCAGUAAGGUUUUGAGCAAGGACAAACCAGUUGUUGGCGUAAACACAGACCCUGAGAGGUCAGAAGGUCAUCUGUGCUUGCCUGUCAAGUACACUCGCAAAUUCCCAGAGGCACUGGGAAAACUCUGCCGUGGUGAGUUCAGGUGGCAGUGGCGUCAGAGGAUUCGACUGCACCUCGAGGGCACCGGAAUAAAUCCCACUCCGCUCGACCUGCACGAACAGCAGCUGAGCCUGGAGCAGCACAGCCAGGCCCACCGCAUCACCACCAUGGACAACCAGCAGAAGACUGGAACACUGAAUGAAAGUUUCCUCAAGCCCAGUCUUCUCCCCGUCAGGAGCCUGAAUGAAAUCUUCAUCGGAGAAUCUCUGUCCUCCAGGGCGUCCUACUAUGAGAUUUCAGUCGAUGACGGUCCGUGGGAAAAGCAGAAGAGUUCAGGGCUCAGCAUUUGCACAGGAACCGGCUCCAAAGCCUGGUCUUACAACAUCAACAAACUUGCUGAGCAAGCGGUGAAUGAGAUCCUAAAAAUAGGGAAGUGUCAAACGGGCCUUGCUAUUCCACUAAACCUUGAAUUUAUUGAGAAGGUUACUGACAAAUACAACGAGUCGCUGGUGUUCAGUCCUGAAGACAGACGCUUGUUCUUCAGCAUCCGAGAGCCAAUCGUAAACCGAGUGUUCUCCAGCAGCCGGCAGAGAGGCUUUGCCAGCAAGGUGUGCGUUCGCUCGCGAUGCUGGGACGCCUGCAUGGUGGUGGACGGCGGGAGCUCGUUCGAGUUCAACGACGGCGCCAUCGCAACGAUCGGCAUGAGCGAGGACGAUGAGCUCCGCACAGUCGUUCUGGAUAACUGAGGGAAGCCCGGAGCACAUUAUUCGACUGGCUUCCCUUAAAACAAGGGUAAACCACUACAGUACCCUUUUGGUUGGAGUGUGGUUGAAGAAAAAUACUGGAUUUGAACCUCUGCAGGUGUUCCCCCCCCCCCCCCCGCCCCCCUUGGAUUUUAGUCUUCAUCCCACAAUUUUAUGCCGUGUCAUGCCAUGCAACGCUUGACUGAAUGGACACCAGAAGAAUUGUUUUCUACCGUGUCAUCAGUAUGUGUUGAGAUUGGGAGGAUUCUCCGUUCGGACCCUCAAUGAGCACCAGACAAAACGAGGCGGCAACCGCCUCCAUGGCAGUGCGUGACGUCUCGUGCAAAACUCGACCUUGAGCCGGGUGGGAUUUGUGUUCAAAGUGCCCACUACUGUGUGUUGUGCAAUUUGGAUGUUAUAUUUAUUCCCUCUAUUCCCCCCCCCCCCCCCCCCCCAUUCGUUUCUAUUUGGAAGGGGAAAAGCACAUAGGUGAAUUGUUUGAAAAGGAAUUUUUGGAACAUAUUUUUGUAAUUGUGCGAGCAUCAAAGAAGAGUGCACUAAAAAGAGAACUCCACACCAAGAGGAGCAUUUUGCUCCUCGUCUUAGGUCAAAUGUUUCGUAGCAAAAGCAAUAUACUGUUGUUAAAAGAUAUGUCUUUGGAACCAGUGCAUCUGAAAAGGUUGACUGAUUGUGGACUUUUAGUAUCUAGUUUUGAGAUCUGAAAGACUGUACGGUGGGUGUAUAUUAAAUCUGGGAGGGCUUCUACGGAGAUUUUCGGUCUUAGGUUUAUACUGUGAUGUGCAAAGUGCCAUGGGGACGUUUCAUAAAUGGCUCUGAAACAUUGA